AUGGGGAUACCGGGAUACCAGGGUACCGGGAUAUCGGGGUACAGAGACACUGCGUCCUUGCGGAGCCCUUCCCGAGACACCCGGACACGAGGUGCUGGCUCCCGGGGCAGCCCCGCGGCCACAACAAUCCAGCCCCGGCACCGGCCCUAAGGCAGAGCGCUCCGGUUAUCCCACCCGCCGGUAUCCCAUCUGUUGGUACGUCAACCCUUAUCCUCCGGGAAUCCCACCCCAGUGCACCCCCAUCACUCAGGCACCCGUUCCCUCACACCCCGGGCACCCCAUCCCAUCCGGUAUCCCACCAGCUGGCACCCCAUUCCAUGCAGCACCCAAUCCCCAUCCCCUCUCCAGAGGAUCCCAUCUCCCUGGGUAUCCCACUGCCCCUGUCACCGGCUGCUCUCUAGGGCAGCCCGAUAUUGCAUGGCAGUGACAGGGACCCUGGCUCUCCAUUGCAGCCUGUGCUCUUUUGAUAGGCAGCCACAUCCCUGCCCUCCGGUGACAUCCUUCCAUCCUGGAGCUUGUCGGGAUGGAGACCAUGGAUGCCCCCAUCCCCAUCCCUGCACUGGCCACGGAGCCACGGUUCGCCCAGCGCCUCAGGGAGCAUUUGGAAGCGGAGCAGCUCCUGGACAAGCGCUACCAGCUGCAGGAGGUGCCAGGGGGCCGCAUGGCACUGCCCGUGCUGGAGGAGAAGCUCUCCCUGCUGAGCCUGCCCCAGGAGAUGCCCUGUGGGCUGGAUAGAAGGGUCUCAUCCCCAUGUGCCCCAUCCCUCCUGCAGGAUCCCAUCCCCUCCAGGGCACUCCGCCGGCAGACGCCUGCCCGAAGGCUGCGGGAUGAGCUGCGGCGGCUGUUGGGCGAGAGCUGGUCCGAAGAGCUGGAGCGAGAUGUGCCCCAAGCCUGGCAACGCCAUGGGGACCUGGUGAUGCUGAGCGAGGACAGCCUCAGGGCUGCACCCUGGGAGCAGCUGGGUCCGGUGCUUUGGGAGACGGUGGCAUCAGCACUGGGUGCGCGGCGCCUGGCCCGGAGAGGACGGGUGUUGCCAGGAGGGAUGCGGUCCCCCAGUGUCACCCUGCUGCUGGGCCAGGACCCCUGGGUGGAGCAUGUGGACAAUGGGAUCAGGUACACUUUUGAUGUGACCAAGUGCAUGUUCUCACCGGGUAACAUCACGGAGAAGCUGAGGGUGGCAUCGCUGCCCUGCGCCGGGGAGGUGCUGGUGGAUCUCUAUGCAGGCAUUGGCUAUUUCACCCUGCCCUACCUGGUCCAUGCAGCAGCUGCCUUUGCCCAUGCCUGUGAGUGGAACAGCCACGCUGUGGAGGCCCUGCGGAGGAACCUGGUGCUGAACGGCGUGCAGGACCGCUGCCGUGUGCACCACGGUGAUAACCGGGAGCUGGAGCUGCGGGACGUGGCGGACAGGGUGAACCUGGGGCUCAUUCCCAGCUCGGAGGAGGGCUGGCCGGUGGCAUGCCGCGUCCUCAAGAAGGCCACGGGUGGUGUUCUCCACAUCCAUCACAAUGUAGAGUCAUUCCCAGCGGGAUCCAGCCCUGAUGGAGAAGCACAGCACCCAGUGGAGGGUGGUGGGAAGGAGAAGCAGAGGGCCAGGAUCAGACCUGAGUGGGAGAGAUGGGCUGAAGCCACAGCAUCACGGAUCCAGGGGCUGCUGGCAGAGCUGCAUGGGCAGUCAUGGAGCACCAGCAUCCUGCACAUCGAGGCGGUGAAGUCCUAUGCACCCCAUGUGCAUCACCUCGUGCUGGACCUCGAGUGCCGGCCGACACUGCCCACAGAACCCACUGCCAGCUCCCCCAUCACUCCAGAUCCCACAGGACGGUGAUGCUGGAGCAUGGGUGGUGGGAGAUGCCACCACUGCCUGCUGAUAGCUUGGAUGUGCUUUGCAUCCCGUUGUUCCCAGUGGCAGUGCCUUGCAGUGAAACGGGGGAAUGUACUCCCAUGGGUC